AUGAUGUCAGAAGUUGCUAGAGCUCCCCAGGAUUCCAUUAGACUUGUAACAUCACAACAUUUACUAGACAAUCGUACUGAUAUGGAAACUUGUGGAUUGGCAUAUGAAUGGACAAUUAAAAACUGGAAUCGGUAUCAUCAAGAAAUAAUUGAAUCACCAAGUUUUUCAUCUCAUUAUUCGGAUUUUAACGAUGAAUGGAUUUUGAGAAUAGAUUCAAAUUAUCGAACUAGUCUUACUUAUAUAUUGAAUGCAACACAAAAAUUGAGUGCAGACUUGAAAGAACUUUUGUUAAAUGAGCAAUUAUCUGAUGUUACCAUUCAGGUGGGUAAAAAAUCAUUUCCUGUCAUCAGAGGCAUUCUUGCAGUACGUAGUCCUGUUUUUGCUGCAAUGUUUAAAUUUUUACAUUUCAUUUAUACUGGUGAAUCACCAAAUGUUGCCAAAAUGCCAAUGGAUCUACUUGCUGUGGCUGAAAAAUAUCAGGUUGAUUGUCUUAAAAAUGUUUGUGAAAAAGUUAUUGGUAAAAGGAUAAAUUUUGAUAAUGUUGCAAGUAUACUUGUUUGUUCUGAUAGUUAUAAUCUUGAAAUACUGAAUGACAAGUGUUUAGAAUUUAUGAAAAACAAUUUACAAUCUGUUUUGUCAAGUGAGACAUUUAAAGUUGAGAAAAAAAAACAUUCUGAAUUUUUUUUAAGUGUUCUUGAGAAAUUGUUGUUGUCAUAA